CAAUAGCUUCGUUGAAAAAAAUAAUGCUUUCAUUGAAGAAAAUAAGCAAAUUUUACUACGAACCAUUCAUUAGAAUACUUUCGAGCGUAUUUCUACAGCAAGUACGUGAAAUCUCAUCGCACAUUGGUUGAAACAGGUGCCCACUAUGCAAUGAACGCAAAGGGACAGCGUAAACAACAGUGCAAUAGUAGUACGUAUUCGUUCGACGUUCGAUCCACCGAUAGUGAUUGAAACGGGCCCUAGUUUUUGGACGAUUUAAGCAGCUCAGCGUACAGGUAAAUACACACCAUGAUACUUGUUUGGUGAGGCAUACUCUACAGUAGCACCUGUAGUAAAUACGGCGUCUGUGAAGUAACUGCCUCCUAUCCCGUCGGAUAGUUGAACAAAACGAACAAAAAAUCCCUCCCACUUGCUAUCGAUUUCGACACAAUGAACGCGCCAUAUCCGCCACCGAAUGCCUGCUACACCGACAUCAAGCAGGGUAUCCUUUCCUACACGCUGCCCCUACGCACAGACUUGAGCGAUAUUCCCGGGCCACCCAUCAGCUUGCUGCCAGCACCACCCAGCAGCUUACUACCCACGCCAGACAAAUCGUCCAACGCGUCCAACCAGAAGAAAAAGCGCCGAGGAUACAUAAACGAAAGCGAAGAGGCACGCGCACGCCGCCUAGCGCGCAACGCCGAACGUAUGCGCCAGAAACGUGCCACCGAAUCGGAAGAAGAAUACCGCCAGCGGUUGGCCAAAAAUGCAGAAAGCAAUCGGCGGAAGCGGCAAAAUGAGACUGACCUGGAACGCACCAUUCGGCAUGCACGCAGCGCGGCAAGGGAACGGUUGCGAAGGGCAAUGGAAACCCCGGAGCAGCGGGCAGUGCGGUUAGCGAAGCUGGCCGAAAGGAUGCGUAUAGCCCGGGCGAACGAAACACCCGAACAGCGAGCGGUUCGGUUGGCAAAAAAUGCGGCCAAAGCGAAGGAGCGCUUGCUAAAGGAGUCCCCGGAACAGUGGAUCGAACGGAAGCGAAAGAAAGCCGAGUAUGCACGUCGUAAACGGAGCGGCCACGGCAAUACGACUAGUUCGGCAGGAAGCAGUAGUAGCAACGACGCAGCCAUACACAGCACACUCACUUCGCCCGAUCUUUCCUUCAGCCAGGUGUCCAACAGCCAUAGCUACGUACCGGACCUUGGCCAUGGAGUGCCGCCCGACGUGAAAGACAUCAAGCUGAUAGCGUCGCCCAAGCAAAACCACGCGCAGCAACCCGAACAGAUCUACAGUACACCACACCUUCCGUUCAUGGAGCACGAGGUGAAAGCUUCCGAGUUUCUGCCGAGCGUCCAGCAUCCGGGAUCGACUGCGCUACAUCCGGACCUGUCCUGUCCAAACAAUCUGCUUAAGUUUCACAUGCUACCCUACUCGCUACCGCCUGGUGCAGUUGCGGCAACGGCUGGUCCCGGUAUGCAGCAUCCAGGACAUGUGGAGUACAAGGGCAAAUGUCGGUAUGUUAGAGGAGUAUCGCCACGAAAUAUGAAUGGAUUUUUCCAAAUCAAUACGUACUACAAUGAGUUUAAGCAAGAGGUCGACGCUGCUUAUGCCGCUGCACCGAUACAACAGCCAACCCAGCAGCAGCAUCAGCAAUCCCAGCAGCCACCGCCACCAUCAGCAUCAUCACAACAAAUCGCCGUUAGCGACGGUAGCAUCACUUCCUCUGAGCACUCCUUGAGCAGAAAGGAAACAAACUUAACAAAGAAUCAGCGAAGGUUUUUAAACGAAAGUGAGGAAGCGCGGGAGAAGCGACUGGCCCGGAACGCGGAGCGUAUGCGCCAGAAGCGGGCAAUGGAAACGGAGGAACAAAGCCGAAAACGUAUGGCCGAAAACGCGGAACGCAUGCGAAGGAAACGAGCAGCCGAAACGGAAGAAGAGUACCGAAUGAGAAUGGAGCGGAACGCGGCAUUCAAAAUGACCGACGAGUAUCGGCGCCGCCUGACUGAAAAUGCCGAACGGAACAGACGAAGGCGCCAGAACGAGACAGAUUUGGAGCGGAGCAUUAGGCGGGCACGGAGCGCUGCCCGGGAACGGUUACGGCGUGCGAUGGAAACACCGGAACAGCGUGCGAUUCGUUUGGCGAAGUUAGCUGAACGGAUGCGUAUGACGCGCGAACGUUUGUGGACAACGAUCGAAACACCGGAACAGAGGGCCGAACGGUUGGCGAAGCUAGCCGAACGGAUGCGCUAUGCCCGUGCGAAUGAAACACCAGAACAGCGAGCGGUCCGGUUGGCAAAGAAUGCUGCCCGAGCGCGCCAACGUUUCCUAAACGAAUCGCCCGAACAGUGGAUUGAAAGGAAGCGGAAAAAGGCCGAAUAUGCACGCCAGAAGCGUGCCGCAGCAGCUGCUGUUGGUGUAGGUGGUAAUGGUUCCCUUUCGUCUACCAGGCCACCAUCCAAUACUACAUCCGUCAGUCACGGAAGCAGUUUGCAACACACGCCGAUGGGUUUCCCCGGACAUGCACCAACAACGUUGCCGGAAACAAUUCUCCAUACGAGUGGACCACAACCCACCAGCAGUUCGAGCAGCAAUGCGGCUGCUUCAUCGUUCGCUUUGAGCACAAAGGACAGCAGCAAAGGGACCAUGUCGUCGAAACACACGACCUCGAGUGGUUCCGUACAGUUGCAACCGGAACAAAUCUAUUCCACACCACAGGUCAUAUUUAGCGGUGGUGAUUUUAAACCGCACGAGCUGCUAAACGGGCAACACCUGGUGAUGCAGACCGACCCAAACUGUCCCAGUUCCAAUCUAUACAAAGUGCACAUACUGCCGUACCCGUUUCCGACGUCCGCGGCAGCGGGUGCGUCGCACAUGGAACAGUCGAGCGCCUACAAAACUAAAACGCACCACCAGCUAAUAAAUAUGAAUGGAUUCUUUCAGAUCAAUCCAUACUAUAAUGACAUUAAGCAGGAAAUCGUGUCCCCAUAUGCAGUACCUGUCGUGGCGACCACUUUACCGCAAACAGUACAGAACGUCGUACCACCACAGUCCGGCAACGGUACAGACGUCGAGCGUUCCUUAAGCAUACAUCAAUCAUUGACCAAAAGUCAGCGACGGUUUUUGCACGAGAGUCCCGAAGCCCGCGCCAAGCGACUGGCCCGAAACGCGGAGCGAAUGCGUCAGAAGCGAGCAGCCGAAUCGGAGGAAGAGUAUCGCAAACGAAUGGCACAAAACGCCGAAAGGAUGCGCAAAAAGCGAGCAGCAGAAACGGAGGAGGAGUAUCGGAACCGGAUGCAACGCAAUGCCGAAUGCAAAUCGGGCGAAGAGUACCAGAUCCGGUUGGCCAAGAACGCCGAGCGGAACCGUAUGAGACGGCAAAACGAGACUGAUCUAGAGCGCAGCAUACGGCGGGCCCGUAGUGCGGCACGGGAACGGUUACGACGUGCGAUGGAAACACCGGAGCAGCGCGCCAUCCGAUUAGCCAAGCUGGCUGAACGAAUGCGAAUUUCGCGGGCAAACGAAACACCGCAGCAACGUGCCCUAAGGUUAGCGAAAAAUGCGGCCAAGGCUAAGGAACGGCUGUUAAACGAAACACCGGAGCAGUGGAUUGAACGGAAACGGAAAAAGGCAGAGUAUGCUCGCCAGAAGCGUGGUGCCGCAGCCGCUGCUGCCAAACUAGGCCUACCGACAACCUGUAAUUCCUCUAGCAGCAAUGCCAGCAGCUCUACCAGCCUCAGCGUACCGUCAACACAGGGCGACACGGUAAGCUACACCCAUGCACCGACGGCAAAUACGACGUACAAUCUCGAACCGACACAUUCGCUGUCGCAAACGUCCCUCGUAUCGCUGUCGACGACGGACCUGAAAGACAUUAAGCUAAUAACAGCAGCACAAAAACCGGGCCAAAUGUUGCAACUGCCGGAGCAACUGUACGCUACAUCACACAUCCCAUUCAACGGGACCGACCUGAAACCGCCUGAAUUUCUAACCAGCAAUAGUCAAUCGGGCCCUCCUCACAUCAUGCAGCCGGAGCUUUACAAGUUUCACAUGCUGCCCUUCACGUUCUCUCCCACGGCCGGUGCAGUGCAUCCGACGCAAGCGGAUUACAAAGGCAAAUAGGUGUACGACCCGCAAUUCCCGUCGUAUUUGACACUGAGACGCGUAGCUAAGCUACAGGGAGUAACAUUUGGUAAUUUUAAAAUUUAAUUUACGCUACAGUAGGUAUAAUUUUAAAACCGGUUAUGCAUAAGGAACUUACUCAGCAAUUUUCUAGGCCUGCUGGUUUAGGUGUUUACGUUUCGUAGGGAAUACAGGCUAGACACAGUAUGCUAUGAAUGCGAUCGCACAGUACGCCACGCAUCUUUCAUUCCAACCGAAGCGACUACUAUGUGCAAAAAUAAGAGGUGAGGUAUAUCACGUAGGUAUAUCGUAACCAACCUAGCAACUAAAAACCUGCACCUCAAAACAGAAUAAACACCGGUCGAUAAGCAGAAGAUCUGUAUGAUAAAAUUUCAUUUCAAGUGUAGUUUUCUUAGUAGUAAGCAAAACUCUGGUAGCGAGCGUUGUGUUCUCGAGGUAAAUCAAUUAACCUAGUCAUUUUCGUCAUAAGCAAAGGUUGAAUAAAAUGGUAUUAUAAUCUGAAAAUAGUA